AUGGCAACUGUAGCAAUGAAGCCAUCAGAAAAGCAAUUUGGGCAGUUUGCAGGUGAACAACAGUUACCUCAACAUCGUAUAAGAAUAACCUUAUCAAGUAAAAACUUGAAGUCAAUUGAACGUGUAUGCUCAGAUUUAAUUCAGAAUGCUAAGCAGAAGGAUUUGAGAGUGACUGGACCAGUCCGUAUGCCUGUAAAAACUUUGAGGAUAACGACUAGAAAGUCACCAUGUGGUGAAGGUUCAAAAACUUGGGAUAGAUAUGAACUCCGUAUCUACAAGAGAGUUAUUGAUCUUUAUUCAUCUAGUGAUGUUGUGAGACAAAUUACAUCCAUCAAUAUUGACCCUGGAGUUGAAGUAGAAGUUACAAUCUGUGAUAUUUAA